AACUCCUCAAAUGGACAUAUGCAUUGAUACAUAUUUACUUGCACAAUCUCUACGGACUGGCGACCUUUAAUGAAGAAUAGACAGUCAUGGUUCCACUUCCCGAGAGAACUGUUAUGCCGUAUUCUUCUGUAGAAAACGACAGCUAGCUAGAUAGCUAAUACCAGCUGGUAUCAUGCGACUGAGAAAAUGGACACCCGGUUCACUCGAGGGAAAUCCACUAUCUUGGACCGCCCUUUGACAAGACCCAAGACGGAAGUCAGUGUGAGUGCUUUUGCACUGCUGUUCUCAGAGAUGGUCCAGUACUGUCAGAGCCGAGUGUACUCUGUUUCCGAGCUGCAGACACGCUUGGCUGACAUGGGCCAGAGUGUGGGAGCUGGCAUGCUAGAUGUGCUUGUGCUGAGAGAGAAGAAUGGCAAAAGAGAGACAAAAGUGCUCAACAUGCUGCUUUUCAUUAAGGUGAAUGUAUGGAAGUCUUUGUUUGGGAAGGAAGCUGACAAACUGGAGCAGGCCAAUGAUGACGACAAGACUUACUAUAUAAUAGAAAAGGAGCCCCUCAUCAAUGCUUACAUCUCUGUGCCCAAAGAGAACAGUAGCCUAAACUGCGCUGCCUUUACAGCAGGCAUUGUGGAGGCCAUCCUCACACAGAGCGGCUUCCCUGCCAAAGUCACUGCCCACUGGCACAAAGGCACCACCCUCAUGAUCAAGUUUAAUGAGUCUGUCAUAGCCCGGGACAAAGCUUUAGAUGGCAGAUAAGGACAGAGGUGAAACCAGGGAGUUUGUUUGUUUUUGUUUGUUCAUUCGUCAAUGCAGGACGAAGACAAAUUUAAUGGGGCACAAUCUUGCAGUUACAAAACACAAAGUUGUUUCAUGUUUUACUUUCAUGUAUAAGUGACUGUAGCCUCUUUCAGAUUGGCUGUGGACCGGUAAGAUGACUUGGAAGUUUGCCACCUUCCAGUAGCUACUAACCAAAAUGUCUACAACUCUUUGUUGUAAAUGAUUGCUGUCGUCACAUUGACGUUGGCAUGGAGGGAAUCAUGCUAUGCUGGUGUUUUGACGAGUUCUGCCGAAAGGUGCGAGCUAAUAAAUUCUGGCUCUACUGUUGUCUCUUCUGCCCCAAUUUACAGGUAAUACAGUGUGAAAAAAGCCUGUCAUAGAGGCCGCUUGUUUUAGUUCCGUUUGUGUUCAUCAUAUCCAGCAUAUAUCAUGACAUACAGUAGUGUAACGGGAAAAAAUCAGAUUUGUAACAUACUGGAAACGUCGUGUUUCAAUCUUGUAUUAUUUAUGUAAUAUAUAUAUCGAAGGUAUUUCAAUGAAAGAGCUUAUAUUAUUUGAUGAAUGACUCCCAUCUUUUUUAAGACCUACAUUAUUUGGGAAUUUUAUUUCUGAUUAACCCCAAAAUAGCUGGGAUAAGCUCCAGCAUUUCUGUGACCCUCUGAGGUUAAGCAGGUCAGGUAAUGGAUGUACUUUUUAUACUUGUCACCUCAUAAUCGUGGUUGAUGAGUAUGAGUUUUAAAAAUUGGCAUAUGCUGGGGAGCUAUAGUCUUAGUCAUUUAGAUGCUGGAUAGAUGAAUAGUUAUAAAUUCCGAUUUUUUUUUUUUUUUUUUUCAAAAAUAUGUGCACCCAUUAUUUGACUGUAUAUAGAAUUAAUGACACAUCGAGCUGUUCCCGCGACCCUGGUGAGGAUAAGCGAUUAAGAUAAUGGAUGGAUGGAUAUAUGUACUGUCCCCUUCCCGGACUUGUUUAAUAACACAAAGUAAUCCUGGUACAUGAAUGAUUUUGUUAUUGCGGUUAUGUGACUAAUGGGAAAAUAAAAGUUUUUUAUGUUUAAA